AUGCCACGAAAGGACAGCGAAAGCAGUUCGUCGACUCACGAAGAAUCGCACCGUGAGGACGAAUCGCUAUCAAGCGAUGUUGUUGUCAACAAGUAUCAAAUGGCUGCCCAGAUGGCUAAUGAAAUCCUCAGGAAACUGAUCUCAGAGGUGAAGGAGGGUGUAGAAGUUAGCACUCUUUGCACGAUGGGUGAUAACUUAAUUCAAGAGAAGACAUCGAAGGUUUUUGUCAAAGAAAAGGAUGUAACCAAGGGUAUUGCUAUGCCAACAUGCAUCUCUGUGGAUCACUGUAUCUGCCAUUAUUCACCUUUACGGUCAGAUCCACCUGUAGUUUUGAAAAACGGACAGAUGGUGAAGAUCGACCUAGGAGUUCAUAUUGACGGUUAUAUCGCUACAGCAGCUCACACUGUUGUUGUCGGUGCCAGCCCUACGAACAAAAUCACGGGUAAGCAGGCUGCCCUGCUGAAAGCUACCUACGAAGCUAUGGAAGUUGCAAUCCGAAUGCUUCAGCCAGGCAAUAAAAAUAUGGAUAUCACUGCUGCUAUCGAUAAGGUUGCCGCUGAAUAUGGAGUUACCCCCAUCGAAAACAUGGUUUCUCAUCAGUUGCAAAGAGAUCAGAUAGACGGAGAAAAGCAGAUAAUACAAAAUCCCGGUGAGAAGCAACGAAGGAAGUCUAAAGAUAUGGAUACUCGCACAACCGUAUACAAGAGAAAUGAAGACAUUCAGUACUCGCUGAGGUUGAAAGCUGCCAGAGCAUUAAUGAAGGAUGUUAAAGAUAAG